AUGGGGGAGAAGCCACUUUCCUGUCUUGAGUGCGGGAAAUGUUUUUCACAGUUGUCUAGUUUGUACAGGCAUCAGAGAUCUCACACGGGAGAGAAGCCACUUUCCUGUCCUGAGUGUGGAAAAUGUUUUGCAACAAAAACAGAUAUUGUCAAUCAUCAGAGGUCUCACACGGGGGAGAAGCCUUAUUGCUGUCCUGAGUGCGGGAAAUGUUUUUCACAGAAGUCUCAUCUUUACACACAUCAGAGAUCUCACACGGGGAAAAAACAUAUUCCUGUCCUGAGUGUGGGAAAUGUUUUUUCAGAGAAGUCCAGUCUUGACAAACAUCAGAGAUCUCACACUGGGGAGAAGCCAUAUUCCUGUUCUGUGUGUGGGGAAAUGUUUUCAGUGAAAUGCAGCCUUUCCAAACAUCAGAGAUUGCACAUGAGGGAGAAGCCACGUUCCUGUCCUGAGUGCGGAAAUGUUUUUCAACAGAAGUCCCAUCUUCACACACAUCAGAGAUCUCACACAGGGGAGAAGCCGUAUUCUUGUCCUGAGUGCGGGAAAUGUUUUCAGCGUAAAUCCAAUCUUAAUAGGCAUAAAAGAUCUCACACAGGGGAGAAGCCGUAUUCCUGUCCUGAGUGCGGGAAAUGUUUUUUAACGAAGUCCCAUCUUUACACACAUCAGAGAUCUCACACAGGGGAGAAGCCGUAUUCCUGUUCUGAGUGUGGAAAAUGCUUUUCAGAGAAGUCCAAACUUCAUAAACAUCAGAGAUCUCACACAGGGGAGAAGCUUUAUUCCUGUCCUGAGUGCGGGAAAUGCUUUUCAGAGAAGUCCACUCUUUACACACAUCAGAGAUCUCACACAGGGGAGAAGCCGUAUUUCUGUUCUGAGUGCGAGAAAUGUUUUUCAAAUAAGUCCCAUCUUUACAGACAUCAGAGAUCUCACACGGGGGAAAAGCCGUAUUCUUGUCCUGAGUGUGGGAAAUGUUUUUCAUCGAAGUCCAGUCUUUACUCACAUCAGAGAUCUCACACGGGAGAGAAGCCAUAUUCCUGUCCUGAGUGCGGGAAAUGUUUUUCAGAGAAGUCCAAUCUUCAUAAACAUCAGAGAUCUCACACGGAUGAAAAGCCAUAUUCUUGUCCUGAGUGUGGGAAAUGUUUUUCAGUGAAGUCGAGUCUUUACACACAUCAGAGAUCUCACACGGGCGAGAAGCCAUAUUUCUGUCCUGAGUGCGGGAAAUAUUUUUCAGACAAGUAUAUUCUUCACGCACAUCAGAGAUCUCACACAGGGGAGAAGCCGUAUUCCUGUCCUGAGUGUGGGAAAUGUUUUUCACAGAAGUCCAGUCUUUACACACACCAGCGAUUUCAUACAGGGGAAAAGCCAUAUUCCUGUUCUGAGUGUGGGAAAUGUUUUUUAGUGAAGUCCAAUCUUUCCAGACAUCAGAGAUCUCACACGGGCGAGAAGCCACUUUCCUGUCCUGAGUGA